AUGUUAAGAGCUAAUGUCAUGAAUGGCCAUUGUCGAGGAACCCUUGAGGUUUAUACCCGCAUGAGGCGUCUUGGUGUUUUAGCUGAUGAGUUUAGUUUCCCUUUGGCAGUGAGAGCUUGCGCUAAGAUGGGCCAUCGAUAUUCAUGCGCUUUAGUUCAUAGCCAUGCUUUACGAACGGGAUACCAAGAUAACCUUCACGUUGCAAAUGAACUGUUGGCCGCUUAUGGCAGACUUGGGCAAAUGGCCCUUGCACACCAACUGUUUGACAAAAUGCUUGUUAGAAACCACAUCUCUUGGAACACUAUGGUCUCCGGCUUUGCUUUCAAUAAUAACUCCAGUGGCGCUCUGAAGAUCUUUAAAAGGAUGGAACUUGAUGGAUGGGAGCCUGACCUUGUGACAUGGACUUCUUUGUUGUCUAGUCAUUCUAGAUGUGGUCAUCAUCAGGAAACUUUGAGAUUAUACAAUGUAAUGAGAAGUAAAGGCAUCAAAGCAACUGCUGAAUCACUUGCUGUGGUUGUAUCUGUAUGCAAUGAUUCUAAUAAGGGUAGUGAGCUUCAUGGGUAUGUCAUAAGGGCUGGUCUUGAAAACUAUUCAUUUGCUAAAAACUCUCUUCUAUGCAUGUAUGGAAGACACGGUUUUUUACAAGCUGCUGAAUGUCUUUUUUCAGAGAUUAAAACAAAGAGUUUAGAGAGUUGGAAUGGUUUGAUUUCAUCAUAUACUCAAGUUGGUCUAUGUGAUGAGGCUUUCUCUACAUUCUUACACUUGAAAAAAAUCAGAAGGAAAUAUCACACCUAA